AGCUUAGAGGGGGCUCAGGUUUCCGUGGUGUUGGCUAUAUUUAUCUCUGGUUCCGUGCCAGCGGGGAGGGUUUAAAUGGCACCCAGCAGUUGGCGUGAGGGGCUGCGGGAGCUCGGGGGCCGGUGGCAGGAACCAGCUUCUUCCGACCCCAUGGAGCUGUACGAGACGCCCCCCUACUUCUACCAGGAGCCCCACUUCUUCGACGGAGAGAACUACCUGCCCGCCCACCUCCAGGGCUUCGAGCCGCCCAGCUACGAGCACGCCGAGCUCGGCCUGAGCCCCGAGGCCCGGGGGCCCCUCUACGACAAGGGCCUGGGGACCCCCGAGCACUGCCCGGGCCAGUGCCUGCCGUGGGCGUGCAAGGCGUGCAAGCGGAAGUCGGUGUCCGUGGACCGGCGGCGGGCGGCCACGCUGCGGGAGAAGCGUCGGCUCAAGAAGGUGAACGAGGCCUUCGAGGCGCUCAAGCGCAGCACCCUGCUCAACCCCAACCAGCGGCUGCCCAAGGUGGAGAUCCUGCGCAGCGCCAUCCAGUACAUCGAGCGCCUGCAGGCCCUGCUCAGCUCCCUCCGCCAGGAGGAGCGCGGGCUGCGCUGCCCGCGGGGCGGGCCCCAGGCCGGGCAGGUUCCCAGCGAAUGCAGCUCCCACAGCGCCUCCUGCAGUCCAGAGUGGGGCAGCGCCCUGGAGUUCGGCCCCAACCCAGGGGACCACCUGCUCCCGGCGGACCCUGCCGACGCCCACAACCUGCACUCGCUCACCUCCAUCGUGGACAGCAUCACCAUGGGGGACGUCUCUGUGGCCUUCCCGGACGAAGCCCUGCCCAACUGAGACGGUCUGCGGCCGGCGGCCCACAGGCCGGCCACGGAUGCCGCCUACGCCAGGCUGUCCUGAGGCCCGGGGCCAGCCUGCCCCCUCCUGGCCUGUCGAAGGUUAAGCCGCCAUUCAGAGAGGGCGUGGGCACCCUCACUCGCUGACAGCUCAGAGCUCAGGGCCAUCCGGGUCCAGGGAGACAGAGCAGGGGACCAGAGCGCCUGGGGGGCCCUUCAGGGGCAAACUCAGGAGCUUCCCUUCGAUUUUAACUCAGCCUUCCACUCCCCCCCCCCCCAAUCCCAUCUGAGCGACCGAGGGUCCUGACCCGGACACACGGAGCGCCUCGUCGGCUCUUCCUGAGGCAGCGGCCGGGCUGGGCCUGCCCUGACCCGGGAGCCGGAGGAGGGGCCCCGUCCCCCGUCCCCGGGGCCAAGCUUCUGUGUGAACACUGGGAGCUCCCAGGCCUCCGCUGUUUGCUCUGCGUGCUGUUUGUGACGCUGCCAUCUGACCAAGGGGUCCCGUGCCGAGGUGCCCGGGACAGGAUAGGGGGAGGGGGGGGCUCCUGGGGUGACUUCCUUUGAUAACUAAGCGUUGUGUGGUUUUGCUAUUGUUUUGUAAUUUUUUUUUUUUUUUGCUAACUUAUUUGGAUUUCCUUUUUUAAAAAAAUGAAUAAACACUGGGUGCUAGAUGUCCGUGAUGAUGUAGACAGAGGGGUGCCUGCCGCUCCUGCCCCCCUCAGUCCAGACAUGCCCAGGAUUGGGAAUGAGCCCCACCCCUGGAAGCCAGGUUGGCCCACAGCUGAGGCCCGGCACCCUCUAAUUCACACCGUGCACUCAUCAUCGCCCUCCAGGUCCUCCAAUGAACCGAGCACAGGCCUGGCGCUCAGCCCGGCGGGGUGCAGCU